AUGGCUAAUCGAGUCAACAAUGGUGGAGAUGACCCACCAGCACAACAAAGGCUUUUAAGGGAAUACACUACCAGCGGAGUACAAUGCACCGUCGUGCAUCGUAUUGACUCCAAUCACACAACGUUUCGAAAUUCGCCCAACACUAUCCAACUUCUACCUAGUUUUCAUGGGAAGGAGGAGGAAAAACCUUACCAUCAUCUCAAGACAUUCUUCACCAUCUGUUCAACAUUCAAUUAUGGCGGUGUUAGUGAAGAGCAAAUUCGACACUGA